AUGAGUAUUAACUGGAUAAAAAUAACAGAUAGGGCUCGGGAAGGUAUUAAAAUCAUAAAUUCCCUGCCAUACAAUACCUUUAGCACCGUUCUCCAAUAUGUCCAUCGUCAAAUGCUCACCACUGUCUCGGGCGGUGAUACCAAAGGUGAAAAUGCCUCUUCGACUGCUGAAAACGAAAAUGCCUUAGAGGAAUUGGAACGUUUGGUGGGUGUUCCACGUCCCGACUUUUUGCUAUUGAUAAAAACAUUCUCGUAUAUAUUGCGACGCACCAGCACCUAUAUUAUAAAGCCUUCCCUAUUGCAAGCUGAAUUGCGAGAUAAACUCCAACUGCAGGAUGAGGCAAAAAUCGAUGCCAUCGUUCGUCUAUGGGUACGACAAACAACACCCAUUAUGAACAACUUGGCAAGAGAUUGUUAUGAAUCGAAUGAAAUUGCUGAUGUUGCCUGGAAAUUGAACGUGGAAAUCUCGUCACAUUGCCAGCAAAGGGAAAAGACAGCAUUGGCAGUGCUGCAAUUGAAGACGGGUGCCGGAGAGGACAUCAAUCUGGAAAUGAAUCAUGAUGAACUAUUGCAAUUGUAUCAACAAUUCGAAUGCAUACAAAAUGAAUUGGAUGCCAUGAAUGCUGCUCAACCAAAACCCAAUAAAGCUACUGUGGCCAAACCAGCUCAAGUUUAAAUGUG